CUUCUGAAGUUUUACUGGGCGAAGUUGAGGAUUUUUUUUGUACUUUUACUAAUUUUUAUUUUCAAUUUUUAACAUAAAUAAUAAGAGUAAGAAUUUUGAUUGUAUCGUAUAGUUUCUCUUCGGAGAAAGCAUUCAUGUUCCCAGACAUGAUACCCGGUAGAAUUCCUUGCGUUACAGAUAAUCUUCUUGGUACAUCUUGGCAUGACAGUACCUGGGUGCCAAUUUUAAACCCUUCAAACAUCCUCGACUACUUCUCAGUACGUAGCAACCCAUUUUACGACAGGACAUGCAACAACGAAAUGGUCAAGAUGCAGAGGCUCAGCCUCGACCAACUCACGAACAUGACCGGCCUCGAGUACGUUCUAUUGCACGUCCAAGAGCCGAUACUUUAUGUGAUACGCAAACAACAUAGGCAUAGUCCAACUCAGCUGACACCCCUCGCCGAUUAUUAUAUUAUUGCUGGUACUGUGUACCAAGCGCCUGACCUUGCUUCAAUUUUAAAUUCAAGAAUUCUCACAGUCGUCCACCAUCUCCAGUCUGCUUUCGAAGAAACGAGCUCAUACUCUCGAUACCACCCAUCUAAAGGUUAUUCAUGGGAACUCAAAAUGACAGAGAAAACUGCGAAAAAAGAAUCUUCCAAAGAAGAGCCGAGCUCGCUAUUUCAACGGCAGCGUGUCGAUAUGCUACUCAUGGAGCUGACGAAAAAAUAUCCCCUACCAAUUAUCCCACCGCCGGCUCCAGCUAAGGCUAAUUCGGAAUUGGAAAUUAAAAGUGAACCAAGGGAUGUCAAAACUGAGAAAAUUGAUUCACCUUGUAUGAAACCCCCACCGGAAAAAAAGCCAAGGCUCGCAUAAUAAAACAAAUAACUAUAAAUAAAUGUAUAUUCAAGAAAAUAUGUAAAUAUACAAUGUGUUCAGUAAUUUAAAUAAAACAAAAAAACAAUGAUUCAAAUAAAAUUAACAAUUCACCAAUUUUUUUUCUUUUUUAAGAUAUAAAAAAUACUCUUAAAAUAAACAGUCGAUAGUAAA